UGACCGGAAGCAACCACUUGACUUCGCCGAGUCUCGCUGAGUAUGACAACCAGGAAAGCAGCUGAGUCGACACUCUACCACGUUCAUCCCAAAGGCUUUUGGAAGAAGUUUCGUGAUGCGGUGGUUGUGAACCCGGAAAUCUCAACCGGCAUCCCAAUUGCAGGAAUAAACAGAUACCCUCCGCCUGGCUCCAGGCCGGAAAAGUACUCAACUCCAGCAAGUAAAGCUUCCGAUCCUGCUCAAAAUCCGUACUGGAAGCGCGAUGUGCGCCGUGCUUAUCCUCAACUCUCUGUGGUCACACAAACGGAUCUGGCCACUUUGUUGAUUCAACACUCAGCAGCUAAGUCCAUUCCUGCUCCUUCCGAGUCCGGCGACACCGAGAAAGUAGAAUUGCCCGCAGAAAAGCAGGAAACCACGGACUUAGCGCAGGCGAUCGCUACCAUCACCUCGGAAGCCAAGGUUUAUAAUGAAACUAGGUUGCCACCGAGUAUCCCGACGGCGUUCAAGAAGUGGAGACCCGAGCUUGCCCCGGAUGCACCUCACGAUCCCGAUUCGUACUUCCCAAUGGUGUUAUACAAGUAGUUUUAACUGGUUGUCUCACUUCCAGCUCACAUAGAAUUGAUUCUCUUGCGGCGAU